AUGACCCCCCCCUACCUCUCCUCCACCACCCCAACCGCGAUAACAAUACAAACACCUCAACCCACCGGCGGCCCCGCACCCGGCCCAGCCGGCUAUCACUCGCCACCAAACACGGGCGAAUGCCGCCUGCUGGGCUCGUUCGCGAUCCUGGUCCAGCUGGCCCUCGGCGCGCUCGCCCUGCUGGCGCUGGUCUAUAAGCGCUGGCGCGAGCGGCCGCAGCGCCCGGUCAAGAUAUGGUGGUUCGACGUGUCCAAGCAGGUGUUUGGCAGCGUGCUGGUGCAUGCCGCCAACGUGUUCAUGUCGUUGCUGACUAGCGGGCGGUUCACGAUUGGGGUGGAUUCUGUGUUUGCGGGCGAUAGCGGGGGCCGGGCGGUGAGGCGGGCGGUGGUGGUGGCUGGGUUAAGAGAGAUUGGGUUGGUUGUGGGGAGGGGGGAGGAGGGUGGUGAUGGCGGGGAGGAGUAUGUGCCGAAUCCGUGCUCGUUUUAUCUGUUGAAUUUGGGGAUUGAUACAACCAUCGGGAUCCCCAUCCUCAUCGUCAUUGUGCGCGUGCUCACUCGCCUCGUGGCCUUCACGCCCCUCGGCAACCCCCCGGAGUCGAUCCAGAGCGGCAACUACGGCAACCCCCCAAACGCGUGGUGGUGGCUUAAGCAGAGCCUCAUCUACUUUUGCGGGUUGAUGGGCAUGAAGCUCUGCGUGCUCUUCCUCUUCAUGAUGCUCCCCUGGCUGCCGCGCAUCGGCGACUGGGCGCUGGGCUGGACCGAGGGCAACGAGGAGCUGCAGAUUGUCUUUGUCAUGAUGCUGUUCCCACUCAUCAUGAACGCCCUGCAGUACUACAUUAUCGAUUCCUACAUCAAGAAGCAGGAUGUCCUCGCGGUGGACGGCGAGGCCGGCGCGGGCGCGGGCGGCGCUGUCGUGUACGAGGAACUGGCGGCUUCGGAGACGGACGAGAGCGGCGAUGAGAGCGAGGAGGACGAGGACCCGGGCAAGAGUGCCGCUGCCGGCAGGGGCUCGCAUCUGCGCAUGUCCAGGACGGACUCGGCGCCGGGGCGGUCUAGCCGGGAUGUCGAGUACGAUCCCGCUGUUGAUGGCGACAGCCAGACGGUGAUUGGCAGUACUUCGAGCAGAGGGGUGUUGCCUAAGGAGCUGAUUCCUCCCGAGUGA